AUGAAUGUCUCAUCCUCCCCAGAUCCUGACAGUCCUCCCACUGAAUCCUCAGACUCUCCUAAUAUGCCCCCUCUUGCCUCUGAUGUCUCCAACAACAGCAGCAUUGCCCAUGCACCCAAUCUUCAACUCCUGGCAGAUGUCAGCAAGUAUAUUAUGGUGUCAGAAGGAGGUCACAGCAGCAACCCUCAGGAGUUUGUGGUUUACAGUGACAACAUCAUCCAAAGGCCAGUCAAUGACAUUGCUAGGACAUGGCAGUCUCUUCCUUUUGAUACUUCUACUCCUAUUCAAGAUGUCAAUCCCCUGGAACAAAUCAUGCCCCAUUUCCCUGGAGCCUACGCCAACUUCAUUUCAUGA